AUGGGCUCCGUCCGAGCCGUCGUGCCCGGCAUCGUCAAAGACGAGCAGAUCUUCCAGCCCAUCGAGCCCGGUUUUGCCAGCUACCCCAAGGAAAGCUUCGAGUUCGUGCUCGGCACCGCAACGGGCCUAGAUGUGGCCCGCAAGGCAGCCCUCGUCUCCACCCCGUCCGGACCUCGGUCCCUGCCCUACGACUACCUUGUCCUCGCCACCGGCGCCCGCUGCGCGAGCCCGGACAUGCCGUGGAAGAACGCCAACUCACACGAGGAGACCAUCGACCUGCUGCAUGAGACGACAGAGAAGGUCAAGGCGGCGAGGCACGUUUUGGUCGCCGGCGCCGGUCCCACUGGUGUCGAGACCGCCGCCGAGAUCCGCUUCGAGUUCGCGGACAAGGAGGUCGUGCUCCUGUCGGCCCACGAGGAGAUUUUGGGCGGCGACAGCAUCGCUAAGGGCGUCGAGAACGAAAUCGUGCGGCUGGGCGUUCAGGUCAAGAAGAACUCACGGGUCAAGAACUCGCGGCCGCUGCCGGACGGCAGGACGGAGGUGACGCUGGUGAGCGGCGAGAUCAUCAAGACCGACCUGUACCUGCCGACCAUGGGCCUCGUCCCGAACACAGAGUACCUCGACUCCAGCCUGAUCAACGAGUACAACAACGUCAAAGUUGACGAGUGCUUGCGCGUCAAGGGCGUCGAUAACGUCUGGGCGUGCGGCGACAUCAUCUCCUGCCAACGCUCGGGUUUCAUGCUCACGGACAAGCAGGCCGCUGGCGUGGUCAAAAACAUUGAGCUUGCCAUCAAGGGCAAGGACCAGUUGGUCGUCAAGGGCAUGCCCGUCGACGUUUUCAUGUGCUCCACAGGCCGCAACCGCGGCGCCGGCCGCGUCGGCUGGGUCAAGGUACCCUCCUUCUUCGUUUACUCUUUGAAGGGUAAAACCCUAGGGAUGAGUUGGAUAAACAAGUAUACCGAAGGCACUCAGUGGUGA